UUGGCCUAGGACUGGCUAGGACGGCCUAGCUUGGAGGUGUAUUAUUAAAAAUUGGUUAAAAACAAAUUAAUAAUUGGAAUCGACGGUGAAGUCACAGAAGUGGUUCAAGUUGAAUUUUAAUGGAUGGCAAAAGUACCCAGGGGAUUUGCCAGAAAACUAUUUCGGGUUCUAUGGCUUGGACUUUUAUUUACAUUUAUAUUUACUAUAUACUGGGGGAUAUGCAUUCUGCGUGAGAAAGAUGGACCAUCUUUGCAAUGUACUUGCCCUAUGAAUGAAGUUCAAGGAAAUGAAGGAGAUAAUUCUGAACACUCCCUAUGUAUCAUCAUACCAUUCCGCAAUCGUUUUGAGGAGCUGCUUGAGUUUGCACCUCACAUUCAUGAAUUCUUAAAAAAACAAGAUAUUAAACAUAAAAUUGUUGUUGUUAAUCAGUUGGAUAAAUAUAGAUUCAAUAGAGCUUCCCUUAUAAAUGUUGGCUUUCUAGAGACACGAAGCAGCUGUGAUUAUAUAGCCAUGCAUGAUGUUGAUCUUCUGCCACUGAAUGAUGAGCUGAGGUACAAUUUCCCAGAGGAAGGUCCCUACCAUCUGUCUGCGCCACACCUGCAUCCAAUGUAUCAUUACAAAACUUUUGUCGGAGGGAUUUUACUUAUUCAAAGCAAGCAUUUUGAAAUGUUAAAUGGUCUUUCAAAUAAGUAUUGGGGAUGGGGAAGAGAGGAUGAUGAAUUUUUUGUUCGUCUGAGGAAAGCUAAAUUCAGUCUGACAAGACCUGGCAACCUGACCACAGGGUACAAAUCUUUCAAGCAUCUUCAUGAUCGCAGGAAGAGACCUAGAGACUACGACAAGUUCUUUGAUCAGCGAGAGAAAACACGUAAACUGGACAAAGAGACUGGGGUUAGCAACGUCAAGUAUGCAGUGGACAGUGUGAAACUGAUGACCAUCGACGGAGCGCCAUUGACUCUGCUGAACACAUUCCUCGAGUGCGAUGUAGAUUUCACACCUUGGUGUCUUCAAGCCGAGGACCAUGAAUGGUACCGCAGGAGACUGGAGCAGCAAAGCAACAGUCCAACAACAGGAUCACCACAGAAUCAAGAGCUGCUUGGUCCAACUCCUAAACACCCUGAACAGUGAUCCGUUUUGUUACAUCUUAAAACAACUUUCUCUGUCCCUGCCUGUGUUAGUUGAGCUACUUCCUAGUCAAUCUUCAAAAAUAUAAUUCCUUUUUAUUUCAAUUUAUGUUAUAUAAAAUAGUUAAAUCAAUUUACAUUAAACAGAACAUAUUUUUCAUUUUUAAAGCAUUCAAGUUUAGAUUUGCUGUUUCAGUUUUCUGUAGGUAAGAUCUGUACACAGGAUAUUUCUGUGAAGUUUAAUGCAUUCAACUUAAGAUUUGCUUAUUUCAGUUUUAUCUAGGCUAACAUAAUAUAAUAAUUAUAUAUAGUUGAGCAUGUUAAAUUAUUUAUUGGCAGUUAUAAUCAGUGCAAUGUAAAACAAGGGUGUUUUUUAUUGUCAAUUUUACAAGCAUUUCAAAAACAAAUUUUUUUAAAAACUGAAUACUGUUUCAUUCAUUAAAAUUGUUUCAUUUAAUUUAUUUUGUAUAAACAUUCUGAAUCCUUUUUCUGUCAUAUUUAACCUCUAUAACUUUUUAAAAUUAUAUAUAAUAGAAAUGUUUUUUAAUGCUAUUUAAUGCUGUUGUUGUUACUGCCUGUACCUUCCAUCUACAGUAAACUGCAUUUCUACCAUGCCAGCCUUUUUUUAUAUACAUUGUUUCACUUUUAUUAUCCAAAAUACUUUUUAAGAUUUUUCUUUCAAAAUGGAAGAUGGAAAAUAAUUAUGCUUUUUAUUUUUAAAAACAUUCUUUUGCUAUAUGCUUCAUUAUUUUUAAGGUGAUAGUUUAUUUUUUAAAAUCCCUAAUAUGUUUUAUUGAAAGUGUAUAAAAUUAAAAUAAAAACAGGUGAUAAACUAGACUUUUAAAACCAAUAAGCCUACUGAGAUAGUUGUAUCUUUUUUAGUAUGAUAUACAUUUAAUAACACAUAAGUACUAUAU